AUGCCGCCAUUCAAGACUGAUAAUGGGCAUCAAGCUCCCUCCGCCGCUCCGACUCUCACGAGGAAGCAGAGGACACGCAGGCGUCAGACACGUUACAUGACCGAGAACAAAGAUUCCCAUCCCCUAGCUCCUUAUCCUCCUGCUCCCCCUCCUCCGGCUCCCCCUGCUCCAGCUCCUCCAAAACCUGUUGUGCAGUAUUCUCUUCCUGAGUUGCUAUUACCGCCAUCUAUGUUACCCAUCGACGAGGACAUCUGCGAAUCCCGCACUGCCCCGUCUCCUGCAAAAGUGACUGCCAGUCACAUUCUGAAUCUCUCCAGGGAUGGAGAGAAUUCGUUGUGCAAAAAGAGGGUCAAUACCGGCAAGAAACGCACUCGCACUCGCACUCGCACCGCUAAGCCAAAAUCCCCCAAGGACCAAGAGCCAAACGCCUCCAAGUCUGCCGGCAAUUCUCAAGACAAGCCUACUGAAAGCGUGACUAAAUCCACCAGCACUGAUGAAUCUGGAGGCUCACUCGUUGUCAAUAACACAAGUACAACCUCCGCCCCGGCUCCGGCUCCGGCUCCGGUUACAAUUCAAGAGAGACGGAUUCCCAACUUCGACUGGCUUCCUUGGUGGCUACCUAGGUUUGCUAUUAAGAGCAGACUCAAAGCACCAAGAAUGGUGACUGUUACUAUUCGACAACAACCACAGCAAAAUAAUAGCGCUACCGCUGUUACUGUCCCGCAACAGCAGCCCCAGCAACAGCCCCAGCAGCAGCAGCAGCAGCAGCAAAACAAUAGCGCUAUCGUCCCUGUGCAGGCAAACACUGGUAAAAAGAGGCGUAUCCGGAAGAUCCGGAAUAGGAGACCCCUUUCUCUUGAAGAGCAAGCCGAGGCUGCUAAGGAUGAGGCCAGAACCGCUUUGUGGAACGAAAGCUGUAAAACCGCGAAACGUGCUACUAUCGAGAGAAUCGUUGAAAUCAAAGCUGCGAGCGCCUCCUGGAAAACGCAGAGGAAACUGGACUAG